AUGGCAGACAAGCUUCCCACAGAGUUUGAUGUGGUUAUAAUAGGGACAGGUUUGCCUGAGUCCAUUCUUGCAGCCGCAUGUUCGAGAAGUGGACAGCGAGUUCUGCAUGUUGACUCAAGAAGUUACUAUGGAGGGAAUUGGGCAAGUUUCAGCUUUACAGGUUUGCUGUCCUGGCUGAAAGACUAUCAACAGAACCAUGACAGCAAGGAAGACGUGACUGCCUCAUGGCAAGACCUGAUCCAUGAAACGGAAGAAGUCAUCGCUCUUUGCAAGAAGGAUGAAACUAUUCAGCACACAGAAGUCUUCUGCUAUGCUAGUCAAGAUGUUGGGGACAGCACUCAAGACACUGAUGCUCUGCAGAAAAGUCCUUCCCCAGAGGCAUCUGCUAUCCAGGCCGACUCUAUGGAUUCUGCAGGCUUGCCCAAGGAAAGGCACUCAGCAUACUGUUCAAGCUAUGAAGAGAGAAGUGAUAGAGAGCCUUCACCACCCCCAGCUGAUACAGAGAAUGCACUGGAGAAAGAGAAGUACUGUGGAGAUGAAAUUGGUGUCCCUACAGUUUUGGAUGGAGAUAAAGAUGAAGACAGACUUGAUCUAGAAGACAACCCUGAGCAACCAAAGAGAAACAGGAUUACUUACCCUCACAUGAUUAAGGAGAGCCGGAGAUUUAAUAUUGACUUGGUAUCAAAGCUGCUGUAUUCUCAAGGAUCAUUGAUUGAUCUUCUGAUCAAAUCAAAUGUUAGUCGUUAUGCAGAAUUUAAGAAUGUCACUAGGAUCCUUGCAUUCCGGGAGGGGAAAGUAGAACAGGUGCCUUGCUCCAGAGCAGAUGUCUUUAAUAGUAAAGAGCUCACUAUGGUUGAAAAGAGAAAGCUAAUGAAAUUCCUCACAUUCUGUUUAGACUAUGAGCAACAUUCUGACGAAUACCAAGAUUUCCAACAAUGUUCAUUUUCUGAAUACCUAAAAACUAAAAAAUUAACACCCAACCUCCAACAUUUCAUACUACACUCAAUUGCAAUGACAUCAGAGUCAUCCUGCACUACAUUAGAUGGCCUUAAAGCAACAAAAAACUUCCUUCAGUGUCUUGGACGGUUUGGCAACACUCCCUUUAUAUUUCCUUUAUAUGGCCAAGGAGAAAUUCCUCAGUGUUUCUGCAGGAUGUGCGCGGUUUUUGGUGGAAUCUAUUGUCUUCGCCAUCAAGUACAAUGCCUCAUAGUUGAUAAAGACUCUGGGAGAUGUAAAGGAAUCAUAGACCACUUUGGUCAGAGAAUAAGUGCCAGCUAUUUUAUUGUGGAGGACAGUUACCUUUCUAAGGACACAUGUUCAAAUGUUCAGUAUAAGCAGAUCUCGAGAGCUGUGCUCAUCACAGAUGAGUCCAUCCUGAAGACGGACUCAGACCAGCAGAUUUCCAUCCUGAUAGUGCCUCCACUAGAGCCAGGGACUGGUUCCAUUCGGGUCAUGGAGCUAUGCUCAUCAACCAUGACAUGCAUGAAAGGCAGCUAUCUGGUCCACUUGACCUGUUUCUCUUCAAAAACAGCCAGAGAAGACUUGGAACCAGUGGUGAAGCAGUUAUUCAUUCCUUUUGCAGAAGCAGAAGCAGAAGCAGACAAGGAAGAACUCAGAAAACCAAGACUCUUGUGGGCUCUCUAUUUUAAUAUGAGAGAUUCCUCAGGAGUUGGCCGAAGUUCAUACUGUGGCUUACCUUCCAAUGUGUAUAUCUGCUCUGGGCCGGACUGUGGACUGGGGAAUGAGCAUGCUGUCAAGCAAGCAGAAACACUGUUCCAUGAGAUCUUUCCCAGCGAAGAGUUCUGCCCUCCUCCACCAAAUCCGGAAGACAUUAUCUUUGAAGGUGAGGGUUAGCAAUGAGACACUCCUGGAGGCAGUAAUACACUUACCACCAAGCUAGACACCCCAAGUACAACAUGAACUUGUAGAGCCCAGAACACCUUCGAAAUGAAAACAGACUGGAAGUAUUUUCAUCCUUGCUUCAAAAUAUUGUCAUUUAAAAGACAGCUGCCAUUUGUGAUAAGCGCUGUUUACUUGACUUCAACCCUGAGACACUGGGUAUCGAAUAGCUCUGCUAAUCUGUCAGCAUCUGAUUUGUUGGUGACUCAGCUGCUUUGUUUCAGAAUUGGCUCCAGGAAUCCAGAAUCUUUGAAUGUCAUUAGCUUUUUUUUACUUUUGGGUCCCACAUUAGCAACCUUGCUUACCUUAAGGUAAUAUCACACUUGCUCCUGUGUUCAGAUUGUAUCAUUGUCUACACAAAAUUAAUAUCCAAGAACUAUUUUAGUUCCUGCUGCAGCUACUACUGUUGCUACCACCUCAGUUGCACAGAGGACCACAUAAAUCAGAAACUGUUUGAGAUUUUUAUAUAGUACAUAAACACAUA